CUAUAACCUUUACUUGAUUUCUGUUUUACAGGUUAACUCCAAGCGGUGUUGUUGCUGAAAUUAUUAGAAAAGUUUUUAUAAAACUUUAUCGUGGAAAAUUCUUGCGGUAUAGUGAGCUUAAAGUAUACAAUAGAAGACAUGAGAGAGAGGCAUACUUUAACCUUUUUAAAUCUCUUGUUCAGUGGGAGUCGUGUGAUGAAAGAAAAAUGAAAAGUUUGUUUCAUAGAGCUUGUGGUAAAAGAAUAGCUGAUAUGUUUGGUAAGAUUAGGAAAAAGGGGACAAAGCCGGACUGGAUGGGUGAAAAGGUUUAUGCGUAUCUUCUUGACGGGUGGAAAAGCGAUGAAUUUAAAAAGACCUCUCAACAAAAUAAGACUAAUCGAGCAUCAACCAGAGGUGGGGCGGUCCAUACUACAGGACGUAAAGCUCAUCACGAUGUUGCUAAAGAAAUGGAGAAGAAGUUAGGCCGACCACCAAAUCCUGAUGAGCUAUUCAUGGCCACUCACAAAAAGAGGAAUGGGCAGUGGGUUGACCGUCGUGCAGAAAAAACACAUGAAGAUUAUGUGAAUCGUUUGACACAAGCCACACAAAAUGAUAAUAAUGUGGAUGGAUCAGAAAAGAUACAAUUAUGGAAAGAAGCUGCCGGCGGUAAGUCACGAGGCCGGUGUUAUGGAACUGGCCUAAUGGCGGUUAAUGUACAAUAUGGAGUGUCUUGCUUGACAGAAGUGACAGUUUCAAAACCGAAUAGAGAAGUGGAUAGCCAAGCCAUCGAGGCGGCUAAAGCUGAGGCUUGUAAAGCACGUGAAGAGGCUGCAUUAGCUAACGCACGUGCAGACAAAGCUAUAGCCGAGACAGCAGAUUUGAAAAGGCAAUUUGAAGAAUUUCAGAAACAGCUGUGGGCUUUGCAAUCGAGUCAGACAGGUCCUUCUCAUGGCCAUUACGAUGAUGAUAAUGAUUCAUUGGAUCUAGAGGAAAUGAGUGAUGGAUGUUGACUCAUAUACAUUGUCGUUUUCUUAGUUUUAUAACUUGUUCAACUUAUUGUGGAUUUUAACAAGUUUGAUAUUUUGUGUUGGUAUUUUGAUGUAACUAUUUAUGUAUCAAUACUGUGGAUUGAUGGGCACAAGUUAAGUGUAUUGUGUCAAUAUUUUGAUGUAUUGUGUCAAUACUGUGGAUGGGCACAAGUUUGGUGUAUUGUGUUAAUAUUUUGAUGUAUAACUUUGACAUCUAAAUUAAUGUAGCAACUUUGUUA